CUAACAUGUCCGUCGUGCAGCCUACAAAACGAGCCAAAGCUGCCGUUGGCCUCAUCCUUGUGCUUGUUAUCGGAAGCGAUGGCUUAGAUCUGUCUUUAAGACCGCACUCGAAGCCUUCCAGCGUAUCCUACCCUUGCCGCUUUGUCGUCGGUCCGACUCGCCUCGCGAAGCCCCAUCGGCAUCCGCGAUUACCGAUGAGAGGAUAUCGAUAUCCGACAGUGCGGGGGGCAGGCGACUCUCUUAGUAGUGAGCCUUCGCAGAAUCGCCCUUCUUGGGCUUGGGUUUGGAUGCCGACGUGGUUGUUUACCAUGAAUCCGCUAGCUCAGUUUUUGACUACCAUGGGAUUUUAUUUACUGCAUAUUCUCGUUCUGUCGCAGCGGCAGCUGGUCUUUCCGAUCCAGUUGAUACCCAACGAGAAAGGUCAAUUUGCUUCGAUUGGUUAUGACUCUAUUGCUGGGAUUCUUGUCGCCGUGUGUUACACAAUAUUGCGGAAAGCAUCUACGCAAUCCUCAUUGCAAUCAUCGUCGGAGGCCCCUUUUCCCGCACUCUUCAAGAGUCCGACGUCUGAUGCUCCCUGGAAGCUGCCAAGCAACCACAUAAGACACCGAGUCUCAAGCUUCCUGACAAUCAUUCUGCUAGUACAGGCCUACUUCUUUACGGGUCGCUUUAGUUUGUUUUGGGAAGAUACACUGUACACAAUGUCGGGACUCGGAUGGCCCUUGACGGCUCCCAUGCACCGCAGUCUUUGCGUAUUGUUCGGGCACUUGAGUUGGCUAAUAACGGGAACCUUGCUUUUGCGAUUUGUACCUCGACCACCGCGAUUUUUUGGGCCCAAAGCCGUCUACAACACCGACGAUGAUGAUGCGGUUUCAAGCAAGAGUCCAGCAAAACCGGCCUACCGGUGGUUUCGGUCCAGUAUUCGCCGCAACUGGGUAUGGUGGGUCGUAGGUGGCUACUUUGUCAGCAGUUGGCUUUUUAACAUUACUGACGUCAUUAAUCAGUUUGUCUUGCCGACGGCUGUCUUGGAAGAUGCGCAAGAAUCGGUAGUAUCCCAGUUGGUCAAUCCAGAACACAACGAUAUCGCGGCUAGUGUCGCUGGGUACAUAGCGCCAUGCCUGACUGCCCCUUGGUGGGAAGAAGUUUUGUAUCGUGGGUUUCUCCUUGCGGGACUGUCACAGCUACUGGGAUAUCCCUGGGCAGUCUUUGUACAGGGUCUUAUCUUUUCGGCCCACCACAUGUCUUUGACAGCCGCUCUGCCGCUAGCUGUCCUAGGAUGGACCUGGGCGAUUCUAUACACCAAAUGCCGCAAUCUUUUUACAGUAAUUUUUGUACACGCCCUCUGGAACUCACGGGUAUUCCUGGGAUCAUGGCUCGGAUUAUAG